CUCAGCAUGGAAGAACAGUGGGUAAAGUUUACGGGAAGAGCGUGAAACGGACAGAAGCGCGACAGACAGGCGUGCAGGCGAGACAACAGACGACAGACAGCAGACAGCGGACAGGCGUGCAGGCGAGACAGGUUGUUGGUGCUGCGUGUCGUCAUCGCAGGGGUCAGUCAACGUGCGAAGGACCGCCAGUAGUGAUGACGUCAUCACCGGGGGACCAGCUGUGUCUCAACAUCACCACUGACGUCUCCACGCCAUCCAAGAAGAAGUCCACCAGACAGCAGGCCAAAUGGGUCCAGAAGAGACAGAAGGCAAAGAAGAGGAGCUUGUCCACCUCUGUGGAAGCGUUUAAUGGCGUCUCCUCCAAGCAGAGGAGGUUGGAGCAGUCAGCAGAUUCCAUUAGGAGUCAGGAGGAGCAGCAGAGCCUCAGUGGAGGAGACCCACCUCCUCCCACAGCAGUUUUUGCUCCACCCGCCCAGAACCUUGGAAAGGAGAGGGGCAGAGGAGGAGUUGGGGGGGCCUCCUUUAAGACUUCCUCUCUGUUCAAACACAACCCCGACAUCCCAGAGAUCCACAGGUCUGCUGUCUCCCCCAUAAACGAGAAGAUUUUCACAAGUGACUCUUUCGCUGAACUCGACCUCCACCCUCACCUGGUGGCAACGCUGAACAAGGUUCUGAAUGUGACCACCAUGACCAGUGUCCAGAAACAGACCAUCCCAAUUCUGCUAUCAGGACGAGAUGCAGUGGUUCGAUCUCAGACUGGAUCUGGUAAGACUCUGUGUUAUGGUAUUCCAGUGGUUCAGUUUCUUCAGGCCGUCCAGCCCAAAAUCCAACGAUCAGAUGGACCACUGGUUCUGGUUAUAGUUCCUACCAGAGAGCUGGCCCUGCAGACUUUCCAGACCUUCCAGAAGCUUUUAAAGCCCUUUACCUGGAUUGUUCCUGGAGUACUGAUGGGAGGAGAGAAGAGGAAAGCAGAGAAAGCGAGGCUUCGUAAGGGUAUUAAUAUUCUGGUGUCUACACCUGGACGUCUGGUGGAUCAUAUCAAACACACUUUGAGCAUCGCCUUCAGCGCCGUCCGCUGGCUGAUCCUAGACGAAGCUGACAGAACCCUGGACCUGGGUUUUGAGAAAGACCUGACGGUCAUAUUAAACUCUCUGAACUCCACCGGUCCGGCCCGACAGAACGUUCUGCUGUCUGCAACGCUCACACCAGGUUUGUCCAGGCUGACAGAUGUGUGUAUGAAUGAGCCGGUCAGCAUACAGGUGUCUAACCCCAGCUCCUCUUGCAUUACCACCACAUGCGACUUGAGCCAAGCAAGCCAGUCGGAGAGCUUUGCUGUGCCAGAAGCGUUGAACCAGUAUGUGGUUGUUGUGCCCAGUAAACUCAGACUGGUGUGUCUGGCUGCCUUCAUACUGGCCAAGUGUAAGUUUUCCCAGGGUAACAAGAUCAUCGUCUUCAUCUCCAGCUACGAAGCGGUGGAGUUUCUCUUCUCUCUGUUUACCUCGGUCCUCGGUCCACUCUCAACCAAUCACAAACCUCCGUUCAAAUUCCUGCGUCUCCACGGCAACAUGAGGCAAGAGGAGAGAACCAACGUGUUCGAUGAGUUCUCUGUGUCCAAGACUGGAAUCCUGCUCUGCACGGAUGUAGCAGCUCGGGGUCUGGACCUGCCACAGGUGACCUGGAUCAUACAGUAUAACCCCUCAUCCACUGUUGCUGAGUACAUCCAUCGUGUGGGUCGAACGGCCAGAAUUGGAGCGAAAGGGAACAGCCUCCUGUUCGUCACCCCUGCUGAGACCGCCUACAUCACUGAGCUGGCCAAUCACAACAUCAGCCUAUCAGAGAUGAAGUUGCUGAACAUUUUGUCCAAUCUGAUGUUGGAUGACACCUAUAAAGGGCGAGGCAAGUACCACAGCAAGACCUCCUCCAAGGCGUUGGAGCAGGAAGUGAGAGAGAGAGCCACAGUGCUGCAGACAGAGUUUGAAAACUUUGUUCACACCAAUCAACAGGCAGUUCAGAGCGCCAAGAGAGCCCUCCAGUCCUUCCUGCGGGCGUACACAACCUACCCAGCCUCAUUUAAACACAUCUUCCACAUCCGCUCCCUCCACCUGGGCCAUGCUGCCAAGAGCUUCGGCCUCAGAGACGCCCCGCAGGGACUCGCCAGCUCCGCCGGAGACGCUGCUGACCACACGGCACGCUCCAGGAAGCACGCCAAGAACCCGGUUCACCAGGCCGGGAAGCAGGAGGACGGAGAGCCAAGAGCUGGGGGGCGAAAGGCUGCCGGAUGGAGGGAGGUCUCCAUGCUGCGCUCUGAGUUCUCCAGUGGGAUGGAGGGAGACCACAGCCAGAAGAAGAAGAGGAAGAAGAGGAAUACAGCAGGAGGUCAGGUGGAGGAGGAGUAAAACACCAACAGCCACAAGAAGACAGAGAGAGAGAGGUGAAUGAUGGGUAGACAGCAGGUCUCAGGUGGGUCCAGAGACCCCCGGCUGGCCCUUAGAGAUGACCUCGGGGUCCUGAGUGAAGUAGAAACCAUCGAGAUGUUGCUGUUCCCCACUGGGGAGCAGUGUGGUGGAGGACACCCUGAUGUGUGAAGUAUACUGAGAAGCUUCACGACCUCUUAUGGAUUUUAAAUGGAAGCAUCAUCAGCAGCAGGGGCAGGAACAUUCUAAGUGUGGUGGUCUGUAGUGAUGUUUGGUCCCAUAGGCCCAGUACCGGUCCAUGUGAACUGACGUUUUUCAUGGUCACAUGGACCCACCAUUCACUGAAUCUGUUAAAAUGUGCCAUAAAACACACACGUCUUUUACCACAAGUGGA